AUGCCAGGCAUUAAAUCCUUUCUAGCUUCAACCUUCGGUCUCGUUUAUUUCAUAGGAAGCUCAUUCGUGUCGGCAGCGACAUAUAGCAACGAGUUCGCAAGUUGUGUAUCAACGACUUAUGUACUAAGUACGAAUCCUGCAAGUAUUUCAACUGCCAACGCGGCUUCCUGUGCCAACUAUUGCUACGGCACUAAUACGGCAUAUAAGUACUCUGCAUGGCAAUCGACCACUCAAAGGUGUGGAUGUGCAAUCAACACUUUUGCAGCUAGUGCAACCGUCACUGGUAAUUCGGGAGGUUGUGGCGCUAAUUAUGAAGUAUGGAUCACCCAUACGACAUUCGAUUUUUCAUAUUGUAUUCAAAAUUAUGCUGUGGACACCAGCCGAGCACUCGUCCAAUCGUCAACGACAGAUUUUGCCUCGAUAUUCUCAACUUGUGCUGCUUAUGGGAAUAUCGCUAUCUACCCUACUACAACCAGUACUUACUUGUAUUCAUGUGGAUUCGGCUACACACCAGUAGACCCAACUACUACCUGUGGACGAAAUGUCAACCGUAUUUACUUCCAUCCGGCAGACGCUACGGCUUCGGGGUUAUCUCGCAGAGCGAGUGCAGCGAAACGUCGACUACCUGGACAAGAGCAUGUCAAGUCGUUCUGGUGCCCUAAGAGCAUGACGGCCUGUCAACUGGAGAAUGACCCAGCAAGCUACGAGUGUAUCGAAACUGAGAGCGAUCUGGAAUCAUGUGGUGGAUGUCUGCAUGGGGCGUAUAGUCCACCCGGUCAUCUCAACUCCACCAGUACGAUCGGUAAAGACUGUUCAUCAAUGUAUGGUGUAUCAAUGGGUCAUUCCUCCUGUAUCGAUGGACAAUGUCAAUUUGAUUGCAUGCGAGGCUGGAAGCACGCUGGUGACCAAUGCGUCAAAGCUUAG